GGGGAAAUAAGAGAAUUUCCAGGCAAACCCCCCAAAACUCAAAAACACACACACUCACACACCACCCAAACACGCACACACCAUUUCCUUCGUCCAUUUUUUUUUUGUCUGUCUGAAAAAUUUCCCUUUUGUACCCACAAUUUCUUUUUAUCUUUUCUUUCUAUUAGGGGUUUUAACCUGUUUUUUUUUUUUUUUUAAUUUGGUUUUCUUCACCUGAACUCCAUUUUCUAGCGUCCGUUCACCCCCUUUCUCACGGUCUUUUGAAAAUCAUCCCGCAUAAGUUAAACCAAUUUUCCGAUUUUUUUUAAUUUUUCUGACAAAAAAACUAGAGCCGGAAAAUUCAAUUUUGAAAAAAGGGGCCGGCAAUCUUCCCGGAAAACCGCCGUUUACGAAAUCCCACAUCUUUCCACACCCUUUCAUUCCCAAGUUUUCUCCGUCUUCAAUGUCGUUGAUAAAAUUUUUCGAAAUUUUUGAAAGUAGGUCGCCGGCGUUCCUUCCGAAAUACUACACAUUUUUCGCCGGGGAAAAACGGGGCAAUUGCUAACGUGAGCCGCCGCUGCGCAUGUUAAGGAAGUCGAAAUUCGAGAGCUUUGAUUACUACGAUACGGGUUAGGUUGUGGCGUGCGGGUUUGUGCAAAAUUUGUUUCCUUUUCGGAGUUCGUUUGAGAAGAGGAGGAGAAAGGUGGUAAAAGUGUGUGUUUUUUCUCUCCGUCCAUCUCCGCCGUACACGUGGAGGGUGGGAGAUGGGAGCAGAGUCGAUGGUGGUGGGUCCCAAGCCGAAGAAGUGGGGCUCAUGGGAAGAGCUUAUCCUGGGCGGAGCUGUUUUGCGGCACGGUAUCCAAGACUGGAACGUCGUCGCUUCGGAGCUCCGAGCUCGCACCGUUCAUCCCUGUUUCUACACCCCAGAGGAACGGUGACUUUUGUUGCACUUGCGGUAACAAUCUAUCUGUGCAUUUGAAAUGCAGGUUUGCAAAGCCAAGUACGAGGAUGUGAGAAAGCGUUACUCUGGGUCCCUGUAAGCCGAAUUCAUGAUUUUAUGUAAUUGUUGGGUUUAGAUGGAAUCGUAAGAUAGAUACUGUGCUCUUUUAAAAACAAGUUCUGCAUUAAGACACUUGAUAUCUUUCUCCUCUCUACCAUCCCGGCCUCAGCUUGCACCUUAAUUUCUUGGAAACUGUGCUGAUUGCAAACAUAUGUCCAGAAUCAUGCAUGUGUUGUGUUAGCAUUCAAUUGACUUGGUUUCAUCUUUUGGUUUUUUAGGGCUUGGUUUGAUGAGCUACGUAAAGUUCGAAUGGCAGAACUGAAGAGAGAGUUGGAGAAAUCUGAAGACUCAAUUGGGUCUCUAGAGUCAAAGAUAAAAAACCUCAAAACUAAGAAAAAACCGUUGCACAAAGCUGAUUGUGGAUCUGACGAGACUGAGUCCCCCGUAGCUAUGUUGAGAUCAGAGGGUAAUGAUUCAUCUCUGAAGGAGACAUCGAAGGAUGAACUUUCUGCUGGUAGCUUUACACUAGACACAAGGACUAGCUGUUCAUUGGAUCAACAGGUUCCGCCAGUACAAUCAUCUUCAGGACCAUAUAUGAAGCAAGAAAAUUUAGAGUCUUUUGAAGAGGAGAAAGGUUCAAUCAUGGGGAAGCUAGCAGAUGUCAACAACAGAGAGGGUGUGACUCCUAGGAAGAGAAGAGGUAAGAGGAAGAGGAAGGAUUGCAGUGCAGAAGCCAAAGAAGGAAGUGUAGCAGAGAGUGAUAACCUUGGGUCAAACAAUGUUGUCCCAAACUCUCUACGGAAGGAAACUUCUACAAGCGGUGUCGACCAGACGAUUAAGUUUGUUAGUAGAGACGGUGAUGAAAAGGGUUCCUGUCCUACGAUGAACGAUAGCUUGAUUGGAAUUUUCAAUUCUAUCGCGGAGCACAAAGUAGCUUUUGUGUUUAGACAUCGACUUGACAGCCAGAAGCGAGCCAGGUACAAGAAGAUCAUCAGGCAACACAUUGAUUUUGAUAUUAUAAGAUCCAAAGUAAUUAGCUGUUCGGUUCGGUCAGUGAAAGAACUCUUCCGCGACUUGCUUUUGCUCGCCAACAAUGCCUUGGUGUUUUACUCGAAAAGGACUAGGGAAUAUAAAUCAGGAGUAGCCCUUAGGGACAUUGUCCUAGAAACAUAUCGACAACACUGCAAACACUCGUACGACCAGGCUACUUCGGUUUCCCUGCUUCCUAUGGCACCAUUGUACAACCCUCCAGUGAAGCCACGUAGUGCCCGUCCUCGGCCAUUUAAACCAAAAGUAUUAUCGAAGUUGGACAAUGCGAAGAACAUUGCUGCUGGUUCUGCUCCAAAGGUACAUCCCAAACCGAGUGACGUUGAUACCAAUCUUCCAUUGCAGGCAUUGUUGGUGGCUAAGAAAGGUUUAAAACGACCGACAAAGACGAAAAAUGGUUCAGCUAAAGCCCAACCUAAGGGUGCUGCUCCGAUAACGAAGGACAAAAAAAGGGCUCGACAGAGAUGACAAAUUUUGUAUCAAUGUUGUAUUACUCCUGACAUUUUGGUGUACAGAACUCCAUCUGGUGAGUGUAUAUAGUCAGGUCAAAACUAGGGUAUAAUUGUUCAUAUAAUCUAAUGAAUCUAACGCCGAGAGAGAGACGAAUGAACGGUUCAUAAAUGGUUUCACUGGUCUGUGCAGUCCCUUUUUCACUGGUCUGUGUAGUUUAACAAUCGAGACCACAAGAGAUUGGUGGAUAAUCACACCACUAGAAACAGGGCCAAUGGAGUUGGAAUUUUCAUGAUUGACCAAAUAGCUAAAGAAUCACUUCAAGUAGUUUCAAAGGAAAUUACAAAUCCCGAAUUGGAAUACUCUCUGGGCAAUUGUCAUAUAUGCUGGCUUGAAAGUAAG